AUGCAAAAGAAUAUUCAGAUCAUCUAAGCACUCACGAAUAAAUCUAAGAUUCUGAUACUGAAUUAGAAUUCUCAGUUAUCUUUCAAGAUUCAGCGGAUCUUUAAAAUGUAGGAAGGAUUAUUCCUCCAAAUAAAGUUUCUUCAAAUUAAUAACUUCCAAACAACAAUGAAAUAAACAAUUGUUUUAAGCUCUGCAAUAAAAUACAAAUUAUAAAAAUCCUAGCAAUAAAUAAUCUAAUUGUAAGUGUAUGAAGAUGAAUAAAAUCCUAAAAUUGUCAACACUUAAGAAAUAGAUGAAAAAAUUACUUUAAUUUUGUUAAGAUAUAAAGGAUAAUGA